AUGGCGCAGAAGUCGGUCCGACCUCCCCUCCGUCCUUCGCCGGCGACGCCCGCCCUCCCUGCCGCUACCUUUCCCGAGACCCGCCGGCGGACGCUGAUCAUCAAGGAGCCGCAAAAGCCAGGGCCCCGGCUGGCGGAGGUGGCCGGUUCCACCGCGGCUGGGUGCGCGGCAAUCUGCUGCUGCCCCUGUGGCCUCGCGAACCUCAUCGUCGUGGUGCCGGCGGGGCUCGUGCGGCGGUGGAGGAAACGCUGGCCCAGGGGCGCGAAGACCAAAUCCAGCAUUUGGAGGCCGGAGGUCGACGCCUUUGACGACGAUGACGACGACCUCAGUCUGUACCUUGGCGGGUUCCCCCUAGCGAGCUCCGGCUCCGAGGAGCCAUGGCUGGCGAAAUCUCUGUCGCCGGAGUUCGCAGAACUAGAGAAGGAGAUGGUGGCGAAGUUCUACGGCACUGGGUUUUGGCGAAGCCUCUCGCAAAGGAGUCAAUGA